CUCCUCUAACUGUUCUUCUUCCUCACCCUCUCUCUCUCUCCAACCAUCUCUUGAGUAGAAAUCCGAUACACAAAAAUGGCGACACUAGCUCGAGCAUCUCGCCGGCUCCUCCCUAGAACCCUCUCCACUCGUGCAAUUGGCCGAUCCUUUUCAGCAGAAACGGCCCAGUCGCCACCGCAGUCUCCGCCUCCGGCACCUAUAAUUCGAGAAUCGCCGGAUCGGGUCAAAUGGGACUAUCGGGGCCAGAGGAAGCUCAUUCCGCUCGGUCAGUGGGCUCCCAAGGUAGCCGUCGAUGCUUACGUGGCGCCCAAUGUGGUGUUAGCCGGUCAGGUGGUGGUCCACGACGGCGCAUCUGUCUGGAACGGCGCCGUCUUGCGUGGUGAUCUGAAUAAGAUUACGGUUGGGUUCUGCUCCAAUGUGCAGGAACGAUGCGUUGUCCACGCUGCCUGGUCUUCUCCCACAGGGCUGCCGGCGGAGACAUUAAUUGAGAGAUUUGUAACAGUUGGUGCAUACUGUCUCUUGCGGUCCUGCACAAUUGAGCCCGAAUGCAUUAUUGGUCAGCACUCAAUCCUUAUGGAGGGUUCUUUGAUUGAAACACAUUCUAUUCUUGAAGCCGGAUCUGUGGUUCCUCCAGGAAGGAGAAUACCAAGUGGCGAGCUUUGGGCAGGGAAUCCUGCAAGGUUCGUCAGGACUUUGACCCACGAGGAAACACUGGAGAUUCCUAAACUCGCAGUUGCAAUAAAUGAUCUGAGCAAAGGUUACUUCUCCGAGUUCUUGCCUUAUUCAACCGUGUAUUUGGAAGUUGAGAAGAUGAAGAAGUCGUUAGGAAUUUCAAUCUGAUGGAAUUCAUUAACCUCAUCGCCAUUUUAUGUCUGCUCGUGAUCCCAUUUUUUCUUUUUCUUUUUUCAUGGAAAGCAAUAAGCAGCUGUAAGACCAACGCAAGCCUUGAAGGUAUUUUGAGCGAUUUUUUUUAAUUUUUUUUUAAUUUUUUUUUUUUUAACACCUGCUUAUGUAAUUGGUUGUGCAAAUAAAUGGGAUAUGAAAUGGUUUACUCGUCAA